UGGACGGAAUCAUACGCGAUAGUUUGGAAAUAAGUGCACUUCGGACGAGGAGUGUGUUUUAGAUUUUUAACUUGUAAUUACUAAUGUAAUUAGGACAUUUUCUUCGCUUCCAAUUUUGCGCUCUUGGAGCCUUGCGCUGAUGGGUCAAAGUCUCUAAGCCUACAAAUAGAGAAAGGUAAGAAUCCUAACAAGAGACAAUCUCAAUUAACAGCGUUUACAUCAUCCAAUGCCAAAAUCGUUGACCAAAGUAUGGAUAAAAAAGUGGGCAUUUUAGAGACGAAUUUCAAUGAAGACUCAAAUUAUUCCUCAGGAACCAACAUAUCUAAAAAGGAGAACAGAAAAAGCAUGAAAACGAAAGGAACAGUUACUGGUCCCAAGACACUUUUAGAAAUGACCAUUGAACAUCCUUUAUCUCAAUCUGACCAGAACACUGAUGAUAUCGACGAGGAAAUAAAUCAUGAGAAUGAAAACCUUAGAGGUCAAAAGGACGGUCAAAGAAGAGAGGUGAAACAAGAUCAACAAAUGCAAGAUGAAGACGUGUUUAUUGUUACUUUCAAAGCAGUUUUAGCGGAAAGCUUUGUAGAAGAUACAGAAGAGAAUUUCAAGGUUGUCAUACAUGGAGACCGACCAGUUUUUCGAGGAUGGGAGAAUGGAUCAGGAAUACCUGUUAUGACAAAACCAUUUGGUAAGAAACAGUGGUUGCUCCAAGCUGUUCUUCAGGUGCCAUUAGAACAUUUAAACAUGAAUUGUGCUUACAAAUAUGUUUUGUUGUCUCACGGUAAAGCAAAUUAUGAGUUGUUGGUGGAAGUAGAAUCAUCAUUUAAAGUCAAUUUUCGACUUAUAAAUCGCUGCCUAUACGUCCCGACAAAUUACCGCAGGAAAAAUAAAAUUUAUUACAAGUAUGAUGGAUUUGUCUACAAGAACACUGGACGACUUUAUAAACAAUUUGAGUGGGUACAAAAGGACAGAGAAGAAUUCUUGCAGUGGUUUUUUCCGCGAUGGAUUGGGUUUUUCAACAGUUCUGAGAAUGUAGAAAGGAUGCAGCCAGAUGAGGCGAUGGAAAGGCUUCAUCUUUUGCUCUUAGCGGUUACCGAGAUGUGGAUAUCGAAUAAUGGAGAAAUCUCGAUACAAGAAUUUUCUAAGCCUGAUUUUAAAAAGGUCCUUACUCCUUUGUUGAUGCCCAAGGUAAAAUCAAAUCGCAAAGUUUUGGAAAAUGAAAGAGUAGAAAAUGAAUCAAAUGAUGCAGUUGAUGCUUUAGUUUCAUCUGCUAUGAUUGCAUCUGUGUUUGGAGAAUUUGAUUUUGUGAUAAUGGAAAAAAAAGCCCACAAAAUUCUGCGGAGUCUCAAGUUUCCUGAAGAUCAGACUGUUUGCAUGAGAUUUAUGGAAACUAUAAAUGCAUUUGAUCAACAAAUUUUAAGCUCUUUCAUUCAAAGUAUUUUUAAAAUAUUUUGCCGAUUCAUCAAAACUAAGCCUUUGCUUCACUGGCUUAAUGCCUUACCAUUGCUUCAUUUUCUCCGUGGAGAAUGUGAACCAUUUAAAGACGUCCUCUACACAUCAACGCCUGAUUUUAAGCAAUCAAAAUGGUGGGGCUUGGAAGGCCUUGAUUUCGGAGAAGUUAAAAGUUCUAUGGGAGACAGUGAGUUGAAGGAUAUACUGCCAGAUGUAGAAAAAAUGUUUCAUGUUGAUCCUUUACUGAGGCGUACAUACCUACUGUUAUGUCCUCUAAAGAUAUUUGGUGACCUUCUGAAGAAAAAACAUUUCACUUUGCUUGAGUUGUGUUUUACAAUACGAAAGCUGAUACCGGAUGUAAACUUGCAAAAUGUGAUUAAGCAUCUUGUCGAUUUCUUUGAACAGAUGAGUGAAGUAAUUUUUAGUUCCAGCCCUACAAUCUUCACAGAAAAUAAAUACGAAGAAACAAAAGCUUUGCUUUCUACGUUGCUGUGGAUUGCAAAGAAAGUAAAAUACGAACUUUAUUUGCAACAAAUUAAGUUCUUUUGUUGCUUGGCAAAGUGUAUUGCCAACGCUAUUAAUCUUCAAAAGAGAGGAAUAAUAUUGGAAAAAAAUGGUGUACAUCUUCAUUCAAAAAGCACGCCAUUAUCUAAAUCAGAUGUACAGGACAUGUGGUAUUUUUUUGAAGAGAUAUUUGGACUUACAAAGAAUUGUUUUUACUCGUCUUUGUCUACUAACCUGGAAAAUUGUAAAGGUUCUGAAUGGCAAAAGGAAUUGAAAGUUUGGAAUGAAGUGCUAUCGUUUUCUGCUCCAGAUCUCUUUCAAAAUUCGUGGCGUGACGAAUUUAUGGCUAAGUUAAUUGAUCGAGUUAAAAAGGUGUCACCUCUCCGUCAAAUAGAACUGCUUUUCCUGAAGGAGAAGAAAAAACUUUGUGAUGUACUAUCAACGUGUUUAUGUGACGCUGCUUUUGAAGCCGUUGAGAAAGUUGUUAUUACAAGUCACAGCGGAGAAGCUUUUGAAUAUUUAAGCCAGGAAAACUCAACAAAAGCAAUGGAAUUGCUUAGUGUUUUGCUUUACAAAGCCUGGCCUGAUCAAAUAAAAAAAGAAGAAACUUCAUUGAGUUCGAAGGAGGAGGAAAAAAUUUUGCUUAACCAUCUUCUAAACUGGUCUGUAUGGCCUGGUUUUUUUAAGUUCAUCGGUAGUAAUUCUGAAAGCAAAGAACUAAUAAAGGCUGGCGAUUGUGACAAAUUGAUUACUCGAGCACAAUCAUAUCUAGUUAGCUUAAUAAAGUCUGUACGUGAUGGUACAGUUACAGUUAAAGUGGUGGAACUGCUGAUAAGGAAUUCGGCCCAGUUUUUGAAGCUUGCCGAGUCUAAUGGAGAAAUUGAACAAAAUUGUCCGACUACUGAGUUCUGGUUUCAACAAAGAGUAUCAGAGCUGACUGAAUUCAAAAACGUACAUGAGCAGCUCGUGCAUUUUAUGAAAAUAACUGAACACUUCACAGCAGUUGAUGAGAGUUUUCUACACUUCGAGAAGGGUUGCUAAAGAUUAUGAUGACCUACCCUUAUGUCAAAUUGUCAAAAAAAACCUAAACGGGGCGUUCGAUUUUUGUUUUUUAAAACAAAAAUUCUUGAUACGAUAUCAAGAAUAAAUGAGAUAGAAAAAGUAAAUUUUUAAGUCAUUGUGGAAGAAUUACGCGGAGAAAGUCAAGAAUAAAGAACACGUUGUUAAUAUUAGCAUAAUUGGAGAAAAGUUAGUGAAAUA